AUGGCCCAGGCGACCGGGAUGGAAUCCACGGCAUAUGCUUCUUCAUGUGACAUGGAGAACGAGAAGGUUCGAGAUGAUUCAACUAUCUUUCUCAUAUCUAACGGAAACUUACGGCUUCAAGAGGCCAGACAGAUGCACAACUCUAGUCGGUGGAUUAGAAGAAGGUUUCAUUUGUGUCACGCCCCAACUCUUGUUCCUAUUCUCACUAGCGAGGUUUUGUUCGUGCAAGCAGUGUGUCAGCAGAUCUUUGCGUUGUCAAGCCAACUCAGGGAUCUAAGUCUGUUGGCAAAAUGGCAAAUACUCCACUGCUUCCGCUUCCGGAAGCCUGACCGAUGA